AUGAAUAACAUCAUGUCAAAGAAGGCUUGUGCAGCAUGCAAUUUUCAAAGAAGAAAGUGCUCACAAGAUUGUCUCUUAUCAUCUUAUUUUCCGGCCAAUAAUCCAGAAAUGUUCAAUAAUGCUCAUCGUCUAUAUGGUGUUUCGAACAUGGUGAAGAUACUAAACCGAAUCCCAAAAGAAAAGAGAGAUUUAGCAAUGAGAACAAUCAUUUAUGAGUCAUAUGUUCGUGUCUUAUUUCCAGUUCAUGGAUGCUUUGCUCUUUUUAUGAAAUAUCGUAAUAUGAUAAAGGAGUGCAUGGAAGAGUUAGACCAAGUAAAAAUGUUACUAAAUAAUUGUAAGUCACAUCAUUUACAACAACAAAAUCCUUCUUCUUUGAUAGUUAGCAAUAAUGGCAGUGUUGGUCAACAAAAUAGUGCAAGAGAUGAUUUGAAGGAAGCUAUGAGAUAUUCAAAUAAUGAUGAAUUAGACGUUUCAGAUUAUGGUGUUGAUCGGUUUCUUUACAUCGAUGGAAAAUCAUAUAUUUAUUGA